UCUUAAAUUAAUUAUCGGAAAAAUUAUAUCUGUUCUCUCAUUGAAAAUUAUCGAUAGUAGGAUGAUUGUGAUGUCGAUGCAAAGAAAUAUUUGCAUACUUGUUUUUGUCAACUGGAUGUAUUUGUGCACCAGUGAAAGAUUAGAAGUGCAACCUCUUAAUUUUCCUAGUAUAACUUCCAUCGGUGAUCGCGUAAGUGUUCUUUGUGCUACUAGAACUGGAGAAAAUCUCAGAUUUACGUGGUUAAAAGAUGGUAUAGAAAUUAAAAAAAGUAACAAUAUACAAAUUCAUUCUUAUGGCGAUGUAUCAACGAUCGUAAUCGACCCAGUAUCGGAAGAAGAUAGUGGCAAUUACACGUGUGUUGUUAAAACAACAAACAUUGUGGAAAGUCGGAGCUCCGUUUUGAAAGUUUCAGGUAACCAUUAAUUAUAAUGUGUAUUUUUGUUCUUUAUUUUACUUUACAAAACGAGGAAUUUUCUAACUGUCGAUCAUACUGCAGUUCCUCCUGCAUGGUUAAAAAUUCCAACUGAUAAAAAUGCAUUCCUUGGAGAAACAGUUAUAUUUAACUGCGAAGCAUCCGGACGACCGCUACCU